GUCAUUCUCCUCUUCAUAUUUCAGAAUAUUCCCUUCCUUCCUUCCCAUUGGCUAAUUCGACGUUUAUAUCUCCCUCUGAUUGGUCAACGUGACGUUAGCUCUGUUCUUAUUGGUCCCCUUGCCGUCACAUAUAAGCCUCCUUGAAUCCUAUUGGUUGCUUUAUUUCUGUCUCACGCUGCUAUUGGUUGAGUAGUUUGAGCUGACCAGCGCAAUUACUACCGCAACAAAUACUCCCUUCAGAACUAUUCAGUAUUCUUUCAGAAGUUGAUUAAGAACAAGGUUUAAGAAUGGAAGAUAAGGAUGUGUGCAGGCCUGAACCUAGCUCUAGAUCUAAACCUAUAUUUUCACACGGAGCCUUUUCCAUAGAUAGCUUACUCAAACCUCAGCUCAGUACCAAUCUCGGAGACAGAUUCCAGGGUUUCCGUCCUACACCUCCCUACCUAGGCUUGCUCCCGGAGAAGAUGUCAGGUUCAGAGGACACCCUCCAGGAUAAUGGAGAUGAUACUAUUGAAUAUAAUGAAGAUUCAGGUGAUGAAGAUGGAGCCGAGGAUGACCGGAAGAAGCGACCUCGAACAGCCUUCACAGCCUCGCAGAUUAAAGCUCUUGAAUGUGAGUUUGAGAAGAACAAAUAUCUGUCUGUAUCUAAACGUCUUCAACUCUCAAAGCAUCUUAAACUUACAGAAACUCAGAUAAAGAUCUGGUUCCAGAACCGGCGAACUAAAUGGAAACGUAAAUACACAAAUGAUCUUGAACUGUUGGCCCAGCAGUACUAUUCUAGCCUGGGUUCUCUAGCCCCCAGACCUAUGGUUCUUGGAGACAGAUUAUGGUUAUUUGGACCUAACGGAUCCGGUAUACCUCUUCCUCCUACAGGAGUUCCACAGAUAUACCCUCCUUCUACUAUGUCCACGCCCCCCUUCUCCUUCAUGGACCGCCCCCUGCCCCCCUGCCUACCUCAGGCCUCCUCCCCGCCCAGAUCCCCGCCCACCUGUCCCCCCUACCUAUACCCCCACCUGCAGACACCUAAGCUGUCUCCGAUUGAUCAUUCAAACUCCGACUAAUUAAGUCUAAUUGAUCAGAGCUAGCUGGGAACUCUUGUUUUGUGAAUAUCGAGAUGUCAAUGCUUGAUCUCGAUUCUUUGCUAAUCUGCAGAUUAACUUAAUCUUUAAUCGAUCCCGCAUGAAAAUCGUACCCAGUGAGGAGUUGAAGGGAGCUUUGAUCAAGGGAGAAAUAACUUUUUUUGUAGAUCCUCAAACUGCAAGUGCCCAAAGUGAAGUUAGAGAUCAAGGUAUCGGUAUUAACAGUAUCCAACACAAGAGUUCCCAGAUCAGAGCUGAAAACUUUAGAAUGUGAUAUCCUUAAUCCUGAUCUGUUAGUUAAUCUGGAAAUAAAUUCAUGAGGUGAACAAGCAAUAUGUAAUCUGGAGAUUAAGAUAAAGAGUGGAUCAAGCUUUAAUCCUGAUAUCCAAUAUUCUAAAGUUCCC